UGGAGGGGUCAGGCGGUGGGUCUGAGCCCCCUCUACCCUGCCCAGGCACGCAUCGAGGAGCUGGAGGAGGAGCUGGAGGCCGAGCGCACUGCGCGGGCCAAGGUGGAGAAGCUGCGCUCAGACCUGUCCCGGGAGCUGGAGGAGAUCAGUGAGCGGCUGGAGGAGGCCGGCGGGGCCACAUCCGUGCAGAUCGAGAUGAACAAGAAGCGCGAGGCUGAGUUUCAGAAGAUGAGGCGGGACCUGGAGGAGGCCACGCUGCAGCACGAGGCCACGGCGGCCGCCCUGCGCAAGAAGCACGCCGACAGCGUGGCCGAGCUGGGCGAGCAGAUCGACAACCUGCAGCGCGUGAAGCAGAAGCUGGAGAAGGAGAAGAGCGAGUUCAAGCUGGAGCUGGACGACGUCACCUCCAACAUGGAGCAGAUCAUCAAGGCCAAGGCUAACCUGGAGAAGAUGUGUCGGACCCUGGAGGACCAGAUGAACGAGCACCGAAGUAAGGCCGAGGAGACCCAGCGUUCUGUCAACGACCUCACCAGCCAGCGGGCAAAGCUGCAGACCGAGAACGGUGAGCUGUCCCGGCAGCUGGAUGAGAAGGAGGCGCUGAUCUCCCAGCUGACCCGAGGCAAGCUCACCUAUACCCAGCAGCUGGAGGACCUCAAGAGGCAGCUGGAGGAGGAGGUUAAGGCGAAGAACGCCCUGGCCCACGCGCUGCAGUCAGCCCGGCACGACUGUGACCUGCUGCGGGAGCAAUACGAGGAGGAGACGGAGGCCAAGGCCGAGCUGCAGCGCGCCCUGUCCAAGGCCAACUCGGAGGUGGCCCAGUGGAGGACCAAGUAUGAGACGGACGCCAUCCAGAGGACCGAGGAGCUGGAGGAGGCCAAGAAGAAGCUGGCCCAGAGGCUGCAGGACGCGGAGGAGGCCGUCGAGGCGGUCAACGCCAAGUGCUCUUCGCUGGAGAAGACCAAGCACCGGCUGCAGAAUGAGAUCGAAGACCUGAUGGUGGACGUGGAGCGCUCCAACGCGGCCGCCGCGGCCCUGGACAAGAAGCAGAGGAACUUCGACAAGAUCCUGGCCGAGUGGAAGCAGAAGUACGAGGAGUCGCAGUCGGAGCUGGAGUCCUCGCAGAAGGAGGCGCGCUCCCUCAGCACCGAGCUCUUCAAGCUCAAGAACGCCUACGAGGAGUCCCUGGAGCACCUGGAGACCUUCAAGCGGGAGAACAAGAACCUGCAGGGUGCGGGCCCAGGCCGGGGGCGGGGGCGGGGGCGGGGCAGGGAGGGUCCGCACAACACCAGCCUCAUCAACCAGAAGAAGAAGAUGGAGGCAGACCUGUCCCAGCUUCAGAGCGAAGUGGAGGAGGCAGUGCAGGAGUGCAGGAACGCCGAGGAGAAGGCCAAGAAGGCCAUCACGGACGCCGCCAUGAUGGCGGAGGAGCUGAAGAAGGAGCAGGACACGAGCGCGCACCUGGAGCGCAUGAAGAAGAACAUGGAGCAGACCAUCAAGGACCUGCAGCACCGGCUGGACGAGGCCGAGCAGAUCGCCCUCAAGGGCGGCAAGAAGCAGCUGCAGAAGCUGGAGGCCCGGGUGCGGGAGCUGGAGAACGAGCUGGAAGCCGAGCAGAAGCGCGUCGCGGAGUCGAUCAAGGGCAUGAGGAAGAGUGAGCGCCGCAUCAAGGAGCUCACCUACCAGACGGAGGAGGACAGGAAAAACCUGCUGCGGCUGCAGGACCUGGUGGACAAGCUGCAGCUGAAGGUCAAGGCCUACAAGCGCCAGGCCGAGGAGGCGGAGGAACAGGCCAACACCAACCUGUCCAAGUUCCGCAAGGUACAGCACGAGCUGGAUGAGGCAGAGGAGCGGGCGGACAUCGCCGAGUCCCAGGUCAACAAGCUGCGGGCCAAGAGCCGCGACAUCGGCGCCAAGAGAACGGGAGGAGAGGGAGAGGGGAGAAGGGGAAUAGUGGGCUCCAGUGGAAAGACCAUCCACGAGCUGGAGAAGGUCCGCAAGCAGCUGGAGGCCGAGAAGCUGGAGCUGCAGUCGGCCCUGGAGGAGGCCGAGGCCUCCCUGGAGCACGAGGAGGGCAAGAUCCUGCGGGCCCAGCUGGAGUUCAACCAGAUCAAGGCAGAGAUGGAGCGGAAGCUGGCAGAGAAGGACGAGGAGAUGGAGCAGGCGAAGCGCAACCACCUGCGGGUGGUGGACUCCCUGCAGACCUCCCUGGACGCGGAGACGCGCAGCCGCAACGAGGCCCUGCGGGUGAAGAAGAAGAUGGAGGGCGACCUCAACGAGAUGGAGAUCCAGCUCAGCCACGCCAACCGCGUGGCCGCCGAGGCCCAGAAGCAAGUCAAGAGCCUCCAGAGCUUGCUGAAGGACACCCAGAUCCAGCUGGAUGACGUGGUCCGUGCCAACGAUGACCUGAAGGAGAACAUCGCCAUCGUGGAGCGGCGCAACAACCUGCUGCAGGCCGAGCUGGAGGAGCUGCGGGCCGUGGUGGAGCAGACGGAGCGGUCCCGGAAGCUGGCCGAGCAGGAGCUGAUCGAGACCAGCGAGCGGGUGCAGCUGCUGCACUCCCAGACGGAGGAGGACAGGAAGAACCUGCUGCGGCUACAGGACCUGGUGGACAAGCUGCAGCUGAAGGUCAAGGCCUACAAGCGCCAGGCCGAGGAAGCGGAGGAACAGGCCAACACCAACCUGUCCAAGUUCCGCAAGGUGCAGCACGAGCUGGAUGAGGCAGAGGAGCGGGCGGACAUCGCCGAGUCCCAGGUCAACAAGCUGCGGGCCAAGAGCCGCGACAUCGGCGCCAAGGCCUCCCUGGAGCACGAGGAGGGCAAGAUCCUGCGGGCCCAGCUGGAGUUCAACCAGAUCAAGGCAGAGAUGGAGCGGAAGCUGGCAGAGAAGGACGAAGAGAUGGAGCAGGCGAAGCGCAACCACCUGCGGGUGGUGGACUCCCUGCAGACCUCCCUGGACGCGGAGACGCGCAGCCGCAACGAGGCCCUGCGGGUGAAGAAGAAGAUGGAGGGCGACCUCAACGAGAUGGAGAUCCAGCUCAGCCACGCCAACCGCGUGGCCGCCGAGGCCCAGAAGCAAGUCAAGAGCCUCCAGAGCUUGCUGAAGGACACCCAGAUCCAGCUGGAUGACGUGGUCCGUGCCAACGAUGACCUGAAGGAGAACAUCGCCAUCGUGGAGCGGCGCAACAACCUGCUGCAGGCCGAGCUGGAGGAGCUGCGGGCCGUGGUGGAGCAGACGGAGCGGUCCCGGAAGCUGGCCGAGCAGGAGCUGAUCGAGACCAGCGAGCGGGUGCAGCUGCUGCACUCCCAGAUCAAGUCAAUGUCAUUUCCCAGCAGCCCAGAAAUUGUAAGGAGAAAUCAAGUGUUCGGUGAGGAUCCAGAAGGUGAAUUGGGUCAGGAUAUUGCAUUCAGGGUAAAGCUGAUGAGUGGGGAAGGGGCUGCAGUGCUUCCCCUGACUAUGCCGUACUCACUUCUGCCCGACCCCCAGACGGAGGAGGACAGGAAGAACCUGCUGCGGCUACAGGACCUGGUGGACAAGCUGCAGCUGAAGGUCAAGGCCUACAAGCGCCAGGCCGAGGAAGCGGAGGAACAGGCCAACACCAACCUGUCCAAGUUCCGCAAGGUGCAGCACGAGCUGGAUGAGGCAGAGGAGCGGGCGGACAUCGCCGAGUCCCAGGUCAACAAGCUGCGGGCCAAGAGCCGCGACAUCGGCGCCAAGGGCUUGAACGAGGAGUAGCUGUGCCACAUCUCCUUGAUCUGCCCCAUCCUGAGGGUGCAACGAAGCUCCCAGUCCUGGAGGCCGGAGAGCAGCCCCUUUAGAGGAAGCGGAAUAAAGCAAUUUUCCUUGAAGUGAGA